CACUCAAUUUCUGACGUCGUUCCUUCUUCUUAGGAUCACUAGAAGUGGAAGGAAGAGAUCAAGAGACUGAUCCCGCACAUGAGCAGGAAGAAGGAAAGAAUGAGCCGGAUGUUGUUUCGAGAAUCCUUCAUCAGGUCAAAGAGCUUGGUUCCGACAAGGACGCCCAGGAUCGACGAGACCACGACGCAGAGGUAGAGGACCAGGUCGCUCUCUCUGAAGUAGGAUUCCUUUGUUUCCAGGACGAGUGUCUCGACCACGUAAUAUGCUACGCGCAUAGCGACGUUGGUCGCGGUGAUGACGGCGCCGGUGGCCCGCUGUGACUUCUUGUCAAAGGUCACCGGGUAGGGGGGGUGGAGGAAAUACAAGAUUACCGGGGGACCGCGGAUCCCGCAGAUGCCACCGAGGAAUCCGCUGAAACCCCCCGCAAGCAGGGUCCAGAAGCUGGCCCAGGGCCCAAUGGCCCGCGGACCUUCUUCCAGGGAACCAUCUCCGCUGUCACUGCCGGUCGGCACAAUCAGGUGGAGGUUCCCGUCUCCGUGGUGGUGGUGGAGGUGGUUGUUCCCCGCGGUUUCGCCCGCCGUUGCGAGGGGAUCGAUUUCCCGGAAGGCGACCUUGCUGGGAUCCAAAAAGACGACGAUCGCGGUGAUGUCGUCCAUGUAAUCGCUGUUGCUCUUCCAUCGCUUACUGGCCUCGCGGAUGAGGGCUUCCGCCGCUCGGCUCGGGCACGCCUCGGCGCAGGCGAUUCGAACGCAGGUGUCUUGGUCCAUAAACUCGGUGACGCCGUCGCUGGCGAGGACGACGACGCGAUCGUUUUGAUUGAAGGAGUGCUCGAAUAGUUCCGGGCGGGCGACGACACCCAGUUUGUGGGCCAUUCCGUCUCCAAUGGUACGGGUAAAGGCGCACCCGGGGACUUUUGCGCUCUCGUCCGACCAGAUGCGAAGGGGCUCAUGGUCGUCGUCCCGGGACCGAUCCGUGCGCAGCAUUGGCGCGAGUCCAUCGCGCUGGUCGGCGGUCAUGACCACGCCGCCCGCUCUCUCGAUGCGGCUUCGUUCGUCGGCACGGUUCGGUGUGUGUGGCGUGCAAAGGGUCUUGGCCGUUAUCUUCGGUGGAUGCUCCCCACAAGAUUCUUYCCAUCCGAGGAUGAACGACGAAUCACCGACGUUCGAAACAAUGCACUGGUCAUCCAUCAGCAWCAGCGUUCCAGCGGUUGUACCCGACAAUUCGGUUUCGAUUUGGGGAUUGGCGAUGAGUCGAUUGUGAACCGUCACAUGGGCCUUUUCCAAGGCCAACGGAAAACUUUGCCCGGUAGCAAUCCUCUUUUGAAACUCAUUUGGAAUUUCCUUUCUUGCGAAUUCGGAACAUUURUGCCCUUGUGUUCCGUGUCCGUCAUAUACGCUAAACCAGUGGACAUCACCUUCCUCGGUGCUAGCGGUCUGGGCGAUCCAGUCGUCUUGGUUGGGCUUGUCGUGGUUGUCGGGAUAAUACCCACGCUGUGUGCCACAGGCCCAUCGAAACCGAAGGCCGCUUUUUGUGGUGCAUGUUUUCUCUGCUGUAAUGUCCCUCCGUUUGAGCAGCUCGUCUUCGUUCAGGAUCUUUUGGAUGCCGGUGGACACGAUCUCRUCGAACGAGGCGUCUGUUUCCACCCAGACUUCCGGCUUGUAGACGGGCACCAUAGCAAGAGCAGCGGCUUGGUAUWUGCGCCGGGCCAGGUCAUCGGGAUUUUCUCUGCCGAGGUCUUCGUUCAUUUUCGAGAUGCCCUCCUGGUUCAAUCGCUCAAAAACAGCGAGGUCCGCGUCGUUCCAUACCGAGGGCUUCGUCGUGACGCCUACGAGGUGCGGUUCGUAGCCAAGUGUCUUCAUCGUUUCAUGGGCAACGGUCUCAAGAAUCUGGAUAGCGUCCUCCUGAAGCCCGGUGUCCGGAUGACGCCAUUUUUCGAAUUGGCUCGCAAAAAAAGAGAUCCCCCGUGAAAGAUUCAUGAACUGGGACGAUAAGCGGUGGGCCUUUAGGGAUUCUCUGCCCUCUUUGGCGAGAGCUACAACAUUUUCGACGGAUUCCAUGUACAUGACACUAGCGGUUCGCUUCACACCUCCAAAACGGCGUUCUCCGAUGAAGUCGUACAGAUUCUUCAUCUCUCUCUCCCUGUCUUCCAAGAUAUCUUCAUAGUGCAACUUGUAGAUUAGCUCGGGACAUUCUUUGACAAUUCGAAGUGCACAAGCUUGCAACUUGGUCCAUUUCGUUACGAUCGCGUGCCAGUGGCAAUCGCCGACCGGGGUUUUCACGAAAGACAUAGCGACGUCACGAGGAUCCCGAACAAGGUAGAUGUAACGGAGUCUCUUUGAACCAUAAAAUUCGAGAAGUAUGUCAUGGUAUUGGCUCAUCCCCAUACUCUUGCACACCCACAGGCGCUUCCCAUUUACUUUUGUAAAAUAUGUCAUGAUGGCGUCGAAGAUGCUUAAGAGAUAUAUUCCGUUACAAAUUGGUGUUUCGUUUCGAAGSGAAUGUCUUGCAUCUUUCACUCGGUUGCAAGAUUCAAGUGCACAUUUGUAYACAAUGGGACGGAGAAARUUUAUAUUACAGCCGUGCUUAUCGGUCCAAGGGACCUGAUUUCUUUCCACAAAAGUGCAGACAUGAUCCAAAAGAAUCCUAAAGCUCUCGUCGUCGGAGAGAUCCCCAAAUUUGUCAAUGAUUGGCAUGAACUCCCGCAUAAUGUGUGGUGGAUGGGGGCCUCCGAGAUCUUCGCGCUCGUUCAACAUGGUCCUCAACCAGUUCGAUCCAGAGCGCUGAGAUCCGACCAUGAAGAACACUGGCGUCGUCUCGUCGACGAUUCUUUCCGCGCAUUUGUAUUCAUCCGAAAACCAAGGAUUGCACUGUGCCUCUUCCGACGAUAACCGUGUUUCAGGAUCCGAAACAAGAAGAGASGUGAUGAAUUCCUUCGGUGAAUCGUUGAUGUCUUCCCAGAAUUCCUCAUCAAAGWCGUAUUUUCCUCUCACGAUGGCAAUUUGUACUUCUUGUUCCGAUUCCCCACGAAAAGGCUGAUAUCCAACCAGCAUGACCCAGCAUAUGACACCAAAGCUCCACAUAUCGACUUUGCAUCCAUACGGUGUUCCUUUCAAGAUCUCGGGGGCGACAUAACCUGGUGUACCACAUAAAGUAACGAAAGAAUUGGGACGUACUUCCUUCUUAGAAAAACCAAAGUCAGCGAGCUUGACUUCGCAGUCAGCAUCUCCCGAUGCUAACAAGAUGUUUUCUGGCUUUAGGUCGCGAUGAGCAAUCCUAUGGUCGUGCAUGUAGCGGACUGCUCCAAGAACAUCCUUCGCGAUGCGACGAGCUUCAGCCUCCGAAAAGAAUCUGACGCCGCUCAAACGCGCCAAUAAAUCACCACCGUGCAUUAAAUCGAAAACAAGAAAGUACUUCUGAGGUUCAUCAUACAAAUCUUGAAGAUAGAGGAUGUUCGGAUGAUUCAAYUGUUGCAAAUGAGUAAUUUCUUCUUGYAAUUGCUCGGCUUCGUCGUCGAGUAGAUGAGACUUGUCAAURAUUUUGAUGGCAAAUGACUUCCUAGUACAUUUCUUCUUCGUGCCUAGUUUUACAACGGAGAACGAUCCAUUGUCGAGGGUCUUGCCAAGAUUGUACUGGCCGAAGAAACCACCCUCUGGAGUAUGCAAYAAUGAUGCAUCGUUUUCCGCAUUAGUUUCUCCAUUGUGAUCAUUCAUCAACARCACAUUUUGGCCCGAUGUAUCUCGAGAGAUGUUGGUCGAUGUUUCUUCGCCCGUAUCGCGAGAUUUCGGAUUUUCCUCGUCAACCGGCUCUUUCUUUUCUUCCUCAUUCCCCACACUGCAGCACCACUUUCGGAAGCGCUUAGCGAAUAGUUUGCGUUUUUGAUACAUCUCGAAGACCGCCACGAACGUGACAAGAAAACCAGCAACGAUUU